UCCGUGCUUUAGUCUACAAUUGAGUUUUGUAUAGUUAAGUCGUGAUCAUAUACACUUGUUGUUUGUUGUUAUAUUUAAUUAUCUGUCUAUAAGCUGUGUCUGUGUUUUUCGGAAACCGUCACAAGAAGUGGAAGAUCGCGCGAAUUUCCGGGGAAUCUAGGUUGAAGCCUGAUUCUUCUCGAGCGGGAGUCUUGAGCGUGAGAAAGAGCGUAUUCUUUCGAUUCGCGAUCGGCCCACCAACAAGCAGCCAGCGCAGUUCAAGCUCGUGCAGCAACAAAACUUUAAGUGCGAGAUUCGUAUGCUCGACUAGAACAGUGUUUCUUUUCGAGUCGCGACAUCCUGAAAGUUUCGGACAGAACCAGAUCGCUUUGAUCUAUUCGGUGUUUUACGACAAGUGAUUUGAUACAAAACGAUUCGCCAAUCUAUCCAGUUGUGGUGAGCGGGUGGAAAUAAAACAAUCCAUUAGAAAACGAGCAACGCGAUUUAAGGAAACAAUAAAAUUUGUGGUGAAGUGAAAAAAAACUCGAAAAUUUGUACAUCCGUGAGUGAAGCCAUUCCGAGGCUAGUGAGUUCUAGGAAAAUCUAUAAAUCCAUAGGAAAGCCGGGAAACGAAAGCGGCGAGAGCAAAAACUUGUUUCGUUGAUAACCGUAAAAAGAAAAAGAAAAUACGGGCAAAAGUAGCUCGGCGCAAGUUGAAAAGCGGAAAUUUAUCGCUCGUUAAAGUAGUGGGUGUUGAAAAAAAGGCGAAAAAUCUGCUUUCAGGCAGGAAGAAGAAAAUUUUCGUAUAAAUCAUAAAUACAUACCAACCAAAGUGGAAGCCGGAAGCAAGAGAGAGAGCGGUAGAAGGAAAAAAGAGAAGUCGCAUUCUCUAGUGAGUUUAAUCAAUUUAAUAACAUUCACCUCGAACCGCCCCUCUUGAAAACCGCCGCAAGAAGAAAAACACACCGUUAAGUGAAGAAAAACUCUCGUAGUUCGAUUCGCUUCGACAUCUGCGAAGACGACGCAAAACUAGAGAAUAGAAAAGCAUCCAGAAGAGAAGCCAAAGUUAUUCCAAUAUUAAUUUCGGUUCCUGCGAGUGAAUUCAAUACAUUCCAUAUGGUUCACAUGAUAGAAAUCGUUCGUCAAGGGAAAGUUGACUUUCCUCAAGUGAUUAUGAACCGUGCUAUUCAAGUUAAGCCAGCGGAUAGCGAGAACCGCGGUGACAUCGUCUCUGUAGCGAUCGAGUCAAUGUUUUUGGUAUUGCCUUCGAAACAAUUUUCCGUACCACAACAGCAACAACAGCAACAGCAACAACAGCAACUACAACAAUCGGUCAGCAACACAUCGGCUGAUCGUAUGUGUUAGAGAAGAAAAGAAUAAAGAAAGAAAAAUAAGGAACAGUUUAGGGCUCAGUUAAUCGCUACUAUAAAAGAACACACACAAACACAAAACGAAACAAUUUAGGACAAAGUAAAAUAAAAACAAAAUCAGUGAAAGCCAGCGGAAACAGUAGAGCUUUAAAGCAAGUGUGAUAUCUAGGAAAUAGAAAUAAGCAUUUUAGGGAAAACCUGCCUAACCAAAACAUACAAAGUUACAAGCAAAGUACACAAGGAAAUUGUUUUGAACAAUAUCAGUUAGUGCGAACACUUUGACAACGGGAAAAGUAGAGAGGAAGUAGGAAUAGCCAAUUCUUUUUUGACGAAACGUAAGCCAAUUCUUCAUCUCGAGAACCCACUAUAUAUUUACACACAAAGAAGACAUAACCGUACCGUACCGCGCGCAGUACGCAGAAAAAGGAAAAAAAAGCGAAUCAAGUGGUUUUAAGGAUCUGCCGUUCAUCAGCAUCAUAAGCGUUGGUUUCAGUAGAGAGGCAGCAAAGUUCUUAGAAAUCGAAAGCUUUUCGUUGGCAUGCUUAGCAAGCAGCAAACCGAGGAGGAUGUAAGACAGUUGUUUAACGCAUUCGGAACCAUAGAGGAGUGCACGAUACUGAGAGGACCGGACGGUGCCAGCAAAGGUUGCGCCUUUGUAAAAUUUACCUCGCAUCAAGAAGCUCAAGCUGCUAUAACAACCCUUCACGGUAGUCAAACUAUGCCGGGUGCGUCCUCUAGCUUAGUGGUCAAGUUUGCGGACACCGAGAAAGAGAGGCAACUCCGUCGUAUGCAGCAAAUGGCCGGUCAUAUGAACCUGCUGUCCCCGUUCGUCUUCAACCAGUUCGGACCGUACGGUGCCUACGCACAACAGCAACAAGCAGCACUGAUGGCCGCGGCCACCGCACAAGGAACCUAUAUCAACCCAAUGGCAGCACUCGCAACACAAAUACCUCAUGCGUUGAACGGUUCAGGACAACCCGUAAACGGUGCUAUCCCAUCGCUACCAUCGCCGACGAUGCCGACCUUCAACAUGGCAGCACAAACUCCAAACGGACAGCCGGCCGGUUCCGAAGCGGUCUACACCAACGGAAUUCCCCAAACCUACCCAGGGCCCAUUUACAUAGAUGCGCUCCAUCUCUCGAUACCGGCUCAAGGACUUCCAAACGGGGACGCCGCACUACCCCACGCAGCGUAUCCCGGCAUCCAGCCCUAUCCGGGUGUUGCCUACCCAGCCGUAUACGGACAAUUUCCGCAAGCCAUACCACAACCGAUAGCCGCCAUUGCACCAGCACAACGUGAAGGCUGUUCCAUAUCAGGCCCGGAAGGCUGCAACCUGUUCAUCUACCAUCUGCCGCAGGAGUUUGGCGACGGAGAGCUGAUGCAGAUGUUCAUGCCGUUCGGCACUGUGAUAAGUUCGAAAGUCUUCAUCGAUCGGGCCACGAAUCAGAGCAAAUGUUUCGGUUUUGUGUCGUUUGACAAUCCAGCUAGCGCUCAAGCUGCAAUCCAAGCCAUGAAUGGUUUUCAGAUUGGUAUGAAAAGACUGAAAGUUCAGCUGAAGAGACCAAAAGACGCCAAUAGACCCUAUUAACAAUCAGAGAUCAAAAGCGCUUUAAAGAGUGCUUCUGCUGAAGCUUUAAAAUACGAAGUUAAUCCUUAGACAAAAGUACUAUAUCAUCAAUUAAAAGAAAAGUGAAAAUAAGAACAAAAAAAUACAAAAACAAACCGUAUCUAACCAGCAGGUCUUUCACAUAGAACCGACCGUUCGAGAUACACAUAACCACAUUCGCGCGAAACCGAGGAAUUUCACGAGCGUCGAGCUGCUCCACAUCAACUGACAAGGCGCACUUUAGAAAGCUAUAGAACAAAAAGCGAAAGUUAUAAAGCAAACCACCCACAACAAACAACUACAAACUUAACUAUUAGUCGUCAGAGGAAUACACUAAAUAACAAACAAAAAACGUAAGAGGUAGCAAAGGCAGAGAGAAAGAGAAGCUGAUUACUAACAAAUGGAAGUCCAAUUCUUUUCACAAACCAUCAGUCGUUUAGCUACCCACACUGUUUCGAACAACUUUUUUCCGUCACGUCACACUCAUCUUAGACAACUAGUAGAAGUUUAGAACUCGUUGCACGAAACCCUUCCGAUCCCAAAGUGGCAAAUCCUCCGACAUUCUACGUUAGUUUAAUGCGACAGAGAGCACGUAUAACGAGCCUGGAGCCCCACACAACCUAUAGCAGAAAGAGAAGCUAAGAUUAUUCAGUUCGAUAUCCACCACACUCUGUACAUUUUUUAGAUAUAUAAUAAAAAUAUAUAUUAUAUAUAUACAAUACCUAAGAAUAUUUAUACAUUAGAAUGUAAUAACGACAGGAUAAACGAUUUUUUUGCUAGUUUCAACAUUUUUUCAUUGUGCCAUUUUGAGGAAGAACACAACAUAAAACAGGAAGUAAAAAAGUAAGCUAAAAGUUUUUUUUUCAAUUCGACUGUUCGGAGUUAGGCUUAUAGGGCAGUGGUGUUUUUAGCACUAUUACGCAAAGCGGAGGACUCGCAUUACGAAUACGGACUGCGAACUCGUAACUAGGCGGCAAAGGUACGGAAAUUAAAUUUUUAACCCUUAAACCAUAGACCACUGAAGUUCUAUAUACAUAAUUGAGUAAAACUAUAUAUAUAUAUAUAUAUUUAGA